AAAAGUUUAAAAAUUUACUAAGGAAGGGAAGAAGAACAUAAAAUUUCGUCUGCUUAUCGUCCUGCCAGAUAUCAUACGCGAAGUAGAUGUCCAAAACAACAUCUGGUCUGAAACUUCUGCGCAGCACAGCGAAGCAAAUUUUCUCUCAGAUGUGUGUGAAGAAAUUGAUUGAAUUAUCAUUUAGAAACUAUUUUUCAACAAUUUUACUUUAUAUCUUCUGUAGACUUCAGCGGAAUGAUUUCGGGUACUGAUCACAAAUCUGUGUUGUGUAUAUUUCCUUACUGAUUUUCUAAUUUUUAAAGAGGCAGGACGUUUUUAAUCUGUACCCUUCUUACUGAACUCUGAUAUUCUUUUUUACAUGUCUUAUGUUUCUGUGAGGUUGCCCCAGACAUUUAAGGCUUCUAAAUUAUUCUUUGUUUGAUUUUGUUCUCCGCUUCUGAACUGGAAGGUCCUGCUGUAAAACAUAUUGCCAUGGGGCGCAAGAAGAUCCAAAUAUCACGCAUUACUGAUGAGAGAAAUCGACAGGUCACUUUUACAAAGCGAAAAUUCGGACUAAUGAAAAAAGCAUAUGAACUUAGUGUUUUGUGUGAUUGUGAAAUCGCGCUUAUAAUUUUUAACAGUACCAAUAAACUGUUUCAGUAUGCAAGUACUGACAUGGACAAAGUACUUUUGAAGUACACAGAAUAUAAUGAGCCUCAUGAAAGUAGGACUAAUAAUGACAUAGUAGAGAAAUUGGAAUUUCAGGCUUUAAACAAGAAAGAGCACAAAGGCUCUUCCAACUCCUGUGAUAGCCCAGAGCCUGACAUGGAUCAAUAUUCUAUGCCUACAAGAUCUGAUUCAAAAUUUCAAAAAAUUAAUGAGGAGUUCGAAAUUAUGAUGCAGAGGAAUUCACAAAUGAACGGAAAUAGUCGGUGUCCUCAAGGAUCUUCUACAGAACUGUCUCCUUCACCACUGCCCGUAUCUGUAAGCUACACACCCGAACCUACAGGACUUGACCAUGGGCCACCGUCUGUGAGUCCUCAGCCACCCUGUGGUAACUUGCUAGAUGUGAGUAGAGGUAGUAAUGGUUAUCAGAGGGGUAGCUCUCCUUGCUCUCUUCCUGGCAGCAUAUCACCAGAAGGUAGCAUAGAUGGAAGGCACAGCAGGCAGCCUUCACCUUCAAGAUCUAACUUUCAUGUCAUCAUACCAAAUGCUCCCCACUCACCUUCUCCUGUAAAUUGUCGAACUUCUCUUGGACCUACACCCAUAGUCUCAGUAUCCACACCUAAUAAUGUGUCCAGUUAUCCGUCCAAUCUUUCGUCUUUUAACUCAAGUGACUUCCAUUUAAGUCCAGAACUAGGACUAAAUAGCAGUUUCAGUUCUUCAAGCUUUUCACAUAAUUGGUCAGGCUCUGCAAACUUAAACAGUUCAAAUUCUGUUCAUCUCGGAGGAAGUCCGAUGCCACACUUGACACUGAGUUCUAACAGUUCCCAACUUUCGCCUCUGUCAAUGCGAAUCAAGAGUGAGCCCUGUCCUUCCCCGGGACGUAGGCCACCCUCCGUUCAUGGUAACUUGUCUCCUUGCCAUACCCUUACCACCCACUCAGCUUCGCCAUCACCUGACCCUCCCACCCUAGACUACGAGGGGGGUCUCAUGAAACGUCAAAAACUGUCUUCAGACAAUUGGGGGACAUAACACUGCCAACAAUUGGGUUAGUGAGAUAAAAGCACAGCUUCUUUGUAACCCUGUCUAGUUUUGUGAAUGUAUAUAUACAUAUAUAUCUAUAUAUAUAUGAGUAAUGUAAAAAUAUUUCGCAAGAAAUGUGCUACCAAACCUUUAUAGCUAAUCUCACCGAAUGUUUCAGCUGCCUUGGAGUACUGUAGCUUCCCCCAUUGGAACCUACUUUUUCGUGUGUCACCAGUCAAAGUAACUAUUCACAAUGGCAGAUUGCUAUUUUUUUAAUUAUUGAUUCGAUCUGCCAUUUCGGGAAAAGAUAGACAAUCAUGCACUAUAAUCUAAUCCCAUAUUUAAUUUCCUUUUUUGAUUUUAAACCAAACUGAAUGUUCUAUUUCUAUAUGUGUAUUGCAUAGUUUUGUUAUAUAUUUUGUUUUAUAAGAAAUUUAUAUUAUGAUUUGAUUUAACGUUACAUUUAUUUUAUAAAUCGUUUAAAAAGAUAGCCUUCAAAUUAUAUUUAUAUCCCUAUUAAAAUGACAUUUUAAAUAAUUGCUUGUAAAGCUUUUGCAUUAAAAGGUUUAAAUGCCAUGCUUUUUGUUACAAUGAACAAUUUAUCAUAUAUAGUCAAUUCAUUGUUUACAUCAAGAUUUUUGCAAUGAAUGAAACUUUUAUUUAAAUUGCUUACGUAUAUUCUUAGCUUGCUAAAAUAUAAAAAUAUCGUAUUUCAUAAUGGUUAAAGUAUACAUUUAAGAAAUGUAUCUGUUUUGAUUAUACAUUAUAUAAAACAAAAAUGAAAUAUUUAUGAUUCAUUUUUAUUUCAAUAAUUAAAUGAAGUAUCAAAGCUUCAUUUAAGAUUAAGCUUAGAAAGUAAAAGUGAUGUUUUUGCAUAAUUUUGAUCUUAUUUCUUUGCUUUAAAUGACGGAGUACAAAUAAUAGUUAAGGAAAAAAAUUUGGCUGAAAAUGGAAAGAAAAAAAAUAAUUGGCUAGCUCUUUUUAGUUUUUAUUUCCUUUCUUAUUGUUUGCAAUACAUUUUCACCAUAAAGUGUAUAAAAAUUAAAGAAGAAAAUUAUAAUGAUGAUAAAUUUUGGUUUUACUUAAACUGUUGUGUUUUAAUGCUUUCUUUAACUUGGCAAAUCUACUGUAUUAGUAGAAGUAUCUAGCUGAAAAUUAAAAAUUUAUUUGUAUAGUUCUGAAUUUUUAAAAGCCUAUAGCAAAAUACGUUAUUUGUGUUUUUAAUAUGUUCGCUGCUUUUCUUGCCCCUGAGCUCGGCAUUAAACGCGUAAAAGAAUAAAGUGAUAGAAAAAUCAAAAUGAUUAGUUUAUGUUAAUGCAUAUCAAUCUGACAUUAGACUCAAUUUUAAUCACAUUUUUUAUUGUCUACAAAAAAUGAAGGCUUUUUAUUGUACUGUUUUAUAGUGGAAAUAUUUUAGUUCACUUCACUUUUUAAAAAUUCUAAUUUAAUCAUUUUUUAACUUUGAAGAUAGACUAAAUAGCAAAAAUAUAUAAUGGUGUUACUUGAUGCUUAAUGUAAUGCACUUCAUCAAAUUCACAAAUGUUGCUAGUUUCAAUGCUUCUGGGAGUUUUAAAAACCAGGUCAGUUGUUCAGUUUUGUUUAAAUAACUGCUCAUUAUUGUUUAUAAAAAACGGAAUAUUUCUUACUGAUGUAAAUGAAAAAUACACUAGAUGAACCAGUUACAAAAAAUCAAUGUACUCCUCAGAAUGUUGCAGCAUUAAUUGCUUUAUGAAAACAAUUUCAUUUUAAAAUGCAAUGUAGAAUUUUUUUUUUAAUUAAUAAAAAACAAACAAGAAAUUAAUGUUUCUAAAAUAAAAAAAUGGAAGCGAUGCAUGAACACCUAACAAUGCAGUCUAGAGUUAUGGACCCUAGCUUUACAUGUGCUUACCGCUGAGCAACCACAAUAAAGAUAUUUUAUUUUUCAAAUAUAUGCUGCAUAAAAGAAGUAAAUAACUAUAAAUUUACCUUGAUAUAAUAUUACCUGCUGUGUGAUUGGUAUUCUAGGAUAUGUUACUAGUCUUAAAAAGAUUGAAAACCCUUGGCAUGGACUAUUCUCAUGAAAAUAAAUUGACAAUAAGUUGUGCUUAAUGCUGUUUAUUUUUUCAAAAUAAACACCACUAAUGAGAGAGUUUAAGCUAUUCAAAUUAGUUUUAUGAAAGAUUUAUGACAGAACUUUAACACGUUGAGCUGUUUUAGGAAAUAUUUGCCAGAUAAAAAGACUUAUUAGCUUAAGAUUCUUCAUGAAACAGUAAUUUUUUUCUUUUUGUGGAUUGAAUUGAAGACUUGCUAUCAAUCUUUUUGUAUUCAUUUACGUACACAAUGUUUCUUGUUCCGACUUUAGAAAAAAGUACCUUAAAUAUUAGUUUUAUGAAAGACUAAGUCCUCCUAGUCUUGCAGAUUACUUUUAUCGUAAAUAUAAAUCAAAAUUAUUACAUUUUUCCAACGUUGUUUCCUAUUUUAAUUUCUUGUAUUUUUUUGAUUAUUGACAUAACAAAGUUUUCAUAGUUUAAUUAUUGUUUUAAAAAAUAUAUUUUCAUUAAAUAUGUUAUUUCAUAAGGAUGAUUCUUAUUAUUUAUUUGUUGUGCUACAGUACUGCUUUGGGAGUUGAAAUGUAAAUCCUUUCUAUGAAACAGUACACAUCUUAAAUGUCCUGGUGAGUGAAUAUGCUGUGAUUUAUCUCCUCUUAUAAACUGGCCAGGUUUACUAAUUUUGACAGCCUACUGAAAGCACCAAGUAGUUUAUCAAAAGUGAUAUGAAAGAGCAUUUAGGUAUGGGUGAUCAUGUGAUCCAUGUUUUUGAUUUGGAUU